CGUUCGUUGUUACCUUCCUCCCGUCUCGCUCGACGGCGGAACUCCCGGCUUCUGGCAAACCCAACCUCUCGCCGCUCCAAUCGCACAGACCACAGAUGGUGGCCGCGGCGUCCGUGUACCGCUGUGUGCUCAAGGCGGUGCACAAGCACAUCGGAGGAGGUGACUCCAACUCCAAGAGGCACUUCCGCGAGUUCGUCGCCUCUGAGUUCCGCCGUCCCACAGGCACGGAGGGCGACGCAAUAGCGAGGAUGCGUCUCGCCGGGGAUUACGCAUGCCUCCUCACCAACGUCCACCACCACAAGGACCUGCUCUCGUAUAAUAUAGCAGUGGACCGAUCAGAUGAAAUGAAGAAGAUAUUGAACAAAUCUGCUGCCAGUGUAGGACUUCAGCUUCCAAAUGUCUAUCAGGCGUGAUAGUUUCCUUUCUGCAAAAAUGUACACCAUUUUGGUACCGUCUUUUACCUAUUUAUUUUCCAUUGAACUUUGCUUGCAAGCAGUAGCUUUGCUUCCAAGUUCCAAUUUCAGUUCAUCUGGAAAGUUUAGAUAGUUUGUUGUAAGAAGCUCUACUAUUUCCCCAAUAGUAGAUAUAUGUCCACUUCAUGGUAAGCGUGCUGUAGAAACAUAUAAUGCAGGAAAGUCUGAACAGUGGAACAUGGUCUUAUAGAUGUAAUUUCAUACAUUCCUAUAAAUUCUGUCUGAGGUGUACAGUCGU